AUGGAGAAAGUCCAGGGAGAAAUGGAGAUUGAGAGAUGGGAAAGGAGCGAAGAGCUGUCAGAUGCCGAGAAAAAGGUGAUUCAAGAGACCUGGAGCAGAGUGUACACGAACUGCGAGGAUGUUGGGGUCUCCAUACUGAUCAGGUUUUUUGUCAAAUUCCCGUCUGCCAAGCAGUACUUCAGUCAAUUCAAGCACAUGGAGGACCCCCUGGAGAUGGAGAGGACCCCACAGCUGCGCAAGCAUGCCCGGCGGGUCAUGGGCGCUGUUAACACCGUAGUGGAGAACAUCAACGACUCCGAAAAGGUCUCAUCAGUUCUGGCCCUGGUGGGCAAGGCCCAUGCCCUCAAGCACAAAGUGGAGCCUGUCUACUUCAAGUUCUUCACCGGCGUCAUGCUGGAGGUCAUUGCCGAAGAAUAUGCCAACGACUUCACCCCAGAGGUGCAGAGAGCCUGGACCAAGGUGAAGAGCCUCAUCUACACCCACGUGACUGCCGCGUACAAGGAGGUGGGCUGGGUGCAGUAUCCAAACUCCACCAUGUGA